UUUCUAUAUUUUCUAAACUGCUGUCACUAACUAGACAGACUAGAUUCGUAAAAAAAAACUGCACACGUUUCCACCAGUAGUCAAAUUUUGAUUUCUACUCGUUAUUAAGUAUUUUAUUUUAAAGUAGAAUAAAUGUCGUCAAAGAAAUCAAAAAAGAAGGAUCGAUUUGAGGAUGACGAAGAAUUCAAUGUUCCAGCACCUGUCGUAAACAAAUCUACAAAGAAAGGCAAAAAAGGUCGACGAGGUGGUGACGACUCCAGUGGUGAUGAAUCGGUACCCAGUAGCAAAGCAACAGAAAUUAACGAUGAUGAAAAAGAAGUUGGCAAGUCAAAAAAAUCACAAAAGAAAUCAUCUGUCAGCAAAAAGGGUCGAAAGCAGGCGUAUGAUUCAGAUGAUCAGCCCGAAGUCGACGUACCACAGCCAGUUAAGAAAUCCUCUAAAAAAGGAAAGAAAUCGAGAGAUGAUUUCAGUGAAGAUGAUGACAGCAAGCCUGCUGUAGUGCAAUCAAGCGACGAAGAAGACCGAGUUGUUGUUGCAAAACCAGCAGCCAAGAAGUCUGCAAAAAAAGGAAAGAAGAAAAAGAAAGAUGAUUUUAGCGAUGAUGAAGAAUCUUUAGGUAAAGAUGCAAGUAAUCUUCCAAGCGAUGAAGAUGACCAAGAAUAUGCCAUUCCUUCUAAACCUGUCCCCAAAAAGUCUUCGAAAAAGAACAAAAAUAAACCAGAAAUUCUUGAAAAUGAUUCUCUCGAUGAUGAAGAACUUAUGGAAGAGAUUAUAGAAACCCUUGACGAUGAAGAGCCAAAUCAAAUGAUAGAAGAAAAAACAAACGAAACUUCUGAAAAUUUGAAUGAAGUAUCUGAAAUAGAACACCCGCCUCAGGAACAAGACGAUGAGAUAAUACCAGGAGAUGAAAUUAUUGAACAGGAACUGAAAGAUCUUAACAUCGAUGAAAACAAAGGGAAAAAACUCACUCAUAAAGAAAAAAAGAAACAGAAGAAACAACAAGAGUAUGAACGACAAAUGGAAUUGAUGACUCGUAAAGGUGGCCAAGGACACUCUGAUCUUGACAGUAAUUUUACAAUGUCACAAGUACAAAAAACGGCAGGUCAAAUGGCUCAGUUAGAGUUUGCAGUUGAUAUUAAAAUUGAAAACUUCACAAUUUCAGCUAAGGGAAACGAUUUAUUCGUAAAUGCCAAUCUUCUUAUCGCAAAUGGCAGGCGCUAUGGUCUAGUUGGUCCUAAUGGGCAUGGAAAAACAACACUUCUUCGUCACAUAGCUACACGUGCCUUUGCAAUACCUCCAAAUAUCGAUGUGCUCCUUUGUGAGCAAGAAGUUGUUGCUGAUGAUAAAACUGCUAUUAACACUAUUCUCGAAGCUGAUGUUCAACGAAAAAAGCUAUUAGCCAAGUGCAAGGAACUUGAGGAAAAAAUCGAGGCUGGUGACAUGUCCGUUCAAGAAGAUCUAAAUGAUGUUUAUGCUGAAUUGAAAGCGACUGGGGCAUACUCUGCUGAAGCCAGAGCUCGACGAAUUCUGGCUGGUUUGGGAUUCAGUGAAGAAAUGCAAAACCGUGCCACGAAAAACUUCUCUGGUGGGUGGCGUAUGCGAGUGUCAUUGGCGCGUGCCUUAUAUUUAGAACCAACACUUCUUAUGCUAGAUGAACCUACAAAUCAUUUGGAUCUAAAUGCUGUGAUUUGGUUAGACAAUUAUUUACAGGGGUGGAAAAAAACCCUUCUGAUCGUUUCUCACGACCAGAGUUUUUUGGACAAUGUAUGCAAUGAAAUUAUUCACUUAGACCAGAAGAAAUUACACUACUACAAAGGAAACUAUUCCAUGUUUAAAAAAAUGUACGUUCAAAAACGUCGUGAAAUGAUUAAGGAGUAUGAGAAACAGGAAAAACGCAUUAAAGAGCUCAAAGCACAUGGACAAUCGAAAAAAUCUGCUGAAAAGAAACAAAAGGAAACAUUGACACGCAAGCAAGAAAAAAAUAAGAGCAAGAAUUCUAAAAACGCAGAUGAAGACGAGGGGCCGCAGGAAUUGUUAGCUAGACCUAAGGAAUAUAUUGUAAAAUUCCGUUUUCCAGAGCCAUCACAGCUACAACCUCCUAUUCUUGGGUUACACAAUGUUACUUUCAGUUAUCCCGGACAAAAGCCAUUGUUCAUUAAAGCUGAUUUCGGUAUUGAUUUAACGAGCCGUGUAGCGAUUGUAGGCCCCAAUGGUGUUGGAAAGUCCACAUUCUUAAAGUUAUUGCUUGGUGAACUGGAACCACAAGAAGGCGAACAACGAAAAAAUCAUCGUCUUCGCGUUGGACGUUUUGAUCAACAUUCUGGGGAACAUUUAACAGCUGAAGAAACGGCCGCUGAAUACUUACAGCGACUUUUUAAUCUGCCUCAUGAGAAAGCAAGAAAAGCGCUUGGGUCAUUUGGUUUAGUAAGUCAUGCACACAUAAUCAAAAUGAAAGAUCUAUCGGGUGGUCAAAAGGCUCGCGUAGCUUUAGCUGAAUUAUGUCUCAGUGGACCAGAUGUUCUUAUCCUUGAUGAACCGACAAAUAACUUAGAUAUAGAAUCCAUAGAUGCAUUAGCAGAGGCAAUUAACGAAUACGAAGGAGGCGUAAUAAUAGUUUCCCACGAUGAACGUUUAAUUCGAGAGACAGGUUGCACAUUGUACGUUAUAGAAGAACAAUCAAUAAAUGAAAUAGAUGGAGAAUUCGAUGACUACCGUAAAGAGGUGCUGGAUAGUUUGGGAGAAAUUGUAAAUAAUCCUAGUGUGGUAGCCAAUGCAGCGGUACUUCAAUGAUUUUGUUGCAUAUAUUUGCUUUUAGUCAAACGCGUGGUUACUUUCAUAACUGGCUCAAGCGAUCGAACUGUUUAAUUGAAAAUUGUUAUUAUUCUGGUAAUAAAUAAAUAUAAAUUGAUUAAUGCUAAAAAUCAUUCAUAUAAAAUAAA